AUGGAACUGGUCCUGCGGCAAUGUCGUUCUAAACACAAACAGAAAAACAAAUUCCCGACGACUGAGUCCAUGCGGACUCAUGGUCACCCUCUAGAACAAGCUCCCCCCAAAACUGAAAAGCCAUCGGUGUGUUUCUCAAGAGGGUCUCCCUCUGGCCUCCAGCACCUUUCCCACCUGAGAGGCGGGGGACGAGGCCAAGGGCGGCGUGGCAAUCGCAGACAUAGAGGCCAGGGCGCGGGAGGCUUUUCUCGUGGUUCUGAUUGUGUGGAAAGGGCUGAAGAACUGGAAGAGAGUCUUCACUAUUUCCCUCCGCAAGUGACGCAGUGGGUGGCAACUAUGAACUGUGGACGCAGAACCCUGGGAAGUAAGGGACUGCAUAUUUUCAACUUGACAUCUCUGACCAAGUCUGAAAACAUUUUGUCUGCCACACUGUAUUUCUACAUUGGAGAGCUACGAAACAUCAGCCCGAGUUGUCCAGUAUCCCAGGGAUGCUCACAUCACCCUCCAAGGAAACACAUUCAGAUUGAUCUCUCUGCGUGGGUCCUCCAAUCCAACAGAAACCAAAGUCAACUCCUAGGUCGUCUUUCCAUAACUGUGGCCAGACCUCAUCGGGACGGCAUGUCCUGGCUGUCUAAAGACAUCACUCAAUUCCUGAGGAAAGCCAAGGAAAAUGAGGAGUUCCUCGUGGGAUUUAAUAUAACCUGCAGAGGACACCUGCUGCUAAAGGGAAUGCCACCCUUCCCAGAGCCUUAUAUCUUGGUGUAUGCCAAUGAUGCUGCCAUCUCUGAGCCAGAAAGUGUAGUGUCCAGCUUACAAGGGCAUCAGAAUUUCCCCACGGGGGCAUUGCCCCAACUGGAUAGCCAUAUCCGGGCUGCUCUUUCUAUACAAGGGAGGAAGAAGCGUUCCACUGGGGUCCUGCUGCCUCUGCAGAACAAUGAGCUUCCUGGGGCAGAAUACCAGUAUAAGGAGGAUGGGGUCUGGGAGGAAAGAAAGCCUUACAAGACACUUCAGACGCAGCCCCCCGAGAAGAGUAAGACCAAAAAGAAACAAAGGAAGGGACCUCACCAGAAAAGCCAGACACUCCAGUUCGAUGAGCAAACGCUGAAGAAGGCUAGGAGAAAGCAGUGGAUUGAACCUCGGAAUUGUGCCAGGCGAUACCUUAAAGUUGACUUUGCGGAUAUUGGCUGGAGUGAAUGGAUUAUCUCUCCCAAGUCAUUUGAUGCCUAUUAUUGCUCCGGAGCAUGCCAGUUCCCCAUGCCAAAGUCUCUGAAGCCAUCAAAUCAUGCCACCAUCCAGAGUAUAGUAAGAGCUGUGGGUGUCGUUCCUGGGAUUCCUGAGCCUUGCUGUGUGCCUGAAAAGAUGUCCUCACUCAGUAUCUUAUUCUUUGAUGAAAAUAAGAACGUAGUGCUUAAAGUAUAUCCUAACAUGACAGUAGAGUCUUGUGCUUGCAGAUAACCUCACAGAGAACUCACUUAAUUCAAUCAUUAUUUCAUGGACUUUUUUUUGCACUGCCAAUGCAUUUUGUUCCCCGCCCCCUCCCCGCAAAUAUUUCUUUUUAUAACUGUCAAAAGAGAAUGAGCAGUAGAGAGAAGAUUUCUACCAAGGAGAACUGGCCUGGGCUUUUCCUUUUUCUGAAUGUGACUGAAGGCAAGGUCUUCCUAAAUAUGGAUCUCAAUUUCUUUCUUUAAUCACACAAGAAAAAAUGAUCACUCGAACUGUUUUUAGAACUCAAGAGAACACGCCGAUUUAUUUUUGUAAUGGGCUUUGAAAAUAGAUUGGGAAGACAGCACACCGCAUCACUUCUCUCUCCUCACUCACAACUAAAGGGGAAUUGAGAGUCAUUUCAUAUUUGGAAGUGGGCAUAUUGGCUUCGAUUCCUGGGAAACUCAGAAAGUGCUAAAUAAUCUAAUCAAAUUUGAUGUUCAUCUUAAACGUUUUUGAGAAUUCUGCUUACUCACAUUUUCCUCCACAUAUCAAUGAGUGGUAGUGUGUGCUGUGUGUUAGGGGUGCAUGUAUGUGUGUUCAUGUGUCAGGUGCUUAUGCCCUGUGCAGGAAGUUUUGCUGAACCUGGUGUACUAAGCUGGGUUCUCUAGAGAAAUAUAAACAUUCUUGAUUACCCUCCUCUCUCUCUCCAUGUAGGUAUAUAGAGAUAUAGAGCUAUAUCUUCAUACCUACAUGGAGAGAGAGGAAUUUACAUCAAGAAAAUGGUCCACACUGUCGUAGAAGGGGGUAUAUAGAGUCCCUAUUCCAUGGAUCAGAUGUUAAGCUGGAAGCUUCUCCUGACUCACAUACUUUGGGGGCUGGUGAACCCAAGAGUGAAAGGAAGACGACAGGAUGCUACCAUGCGGCAGAAACAGAUCAAUCUGAGAUCAAUAGGCUAGACUUGUGACUGGAGUGGCAAAUGAACCCAAGUUUCGCAGAUCAGAUGGCUGGUUGCUGAUGCCUCCUGGAACUGGCAGGCGAUAUGGCAGACCAUGGGCUCAUCAGAAUAGCUGGAGGCCAAUGAUUCUUAUGCAAGAUCUAGACUUAACAAAAAACAAGCAAACUUUCCCAGUGUAUACUUUUAGAGGAAGUAGGAUCUCCCCUCAAACCC